AUGGCCAGCGACGCUAGUUCAAAAAGAAGUUCGGUCGAAUCGGUUGUGAAAUAUACGGAAGGUUUGUUUAACACCAUCAAUCACAUGUUGAUUGGAUAUGUUACAAUCUACUUAUCGUACGUUUGCUACAUGAAUGGAGCUAACAAUUUCCUGACAUGGCACCUAUUCCUUACGGCAGUUGGGUACCACUUUUUUAUGGCGGAAUCAUUCCUAACGCUAUACUCUGCGAAUUCCUGGACGAUGGAGAAUACACCGGAGAUGAAGCGGCGCCUACAUUGGAUUCUGCAGGUGAUCGGUUGUAGUGCGAUUUUCGCGGGCACUGCGGUGGAAAUUUAUUACAAGGAGGACAGGAAACGGGAGCACUUCAAGUCUCCCCAUGCGAUAACCGGCUUAGUAUCGGUCAUUUUUAUCCUCUUAUCAAUGCUGAACGGAUGGGCUGCCCUGUACGCGGUGAAAAUCAAACACAUCAUCAAACCCAUCUAUGUCAAGCUCAGCCAUUAUCUGUGUGGAAUAGUGGCGUUUGUGAUAGGUAUGACUUCGCUGGCACUGGAAUACACCCCGAGGCGUAUGCAAUCGAAAGAAAAUGUAAACAUGCUCAUCCUUUUCACCUCGAUUGUGUCGGCAUUGACCGUGAUUGGUGCCGGAAAGACGAUGUAUGGCCAACUUAAAGGGAUGUGUCGCUAG